UGAUUACGCCAUUUCGUGUUAUGACUUUUUGUGCUGUUUUAUGACCGUUCUGUGUUCUGUAUCGUGCUACUGGUAGUUUGGUCACGUUUGUGUUUUCAUGCGUUUGGUGUUUUAGUUCCUGUCUAGCGCUCUUAUUUGCAGUUUCACUUUCUGUUUUGUGUGCUGUCAUGCAGUGACCUUAUUCCUGGCUCUGAGCUUUGUUCCCCUCACCUGCUCCUGAUUGGCAAUCAGUGGACACACCUUUCCCUGAUUGCUGAUCACAGGGUUUGUGUUCCAGUGUCACUUGUCUCUUGAAUCUGGAUCAUUGUGCCUGAUAGUCUGCUUUGUGUGCCAGGGUUUGUUCCCUGCUUCCUGUUGCAAAUGAACCUGGUUUUACCUGAAGUUCGCCUGCCAUUCUCUGCAUCCUUGGGGGUCACGCUGCAGCAACGCUCACCAAACUUUGGUAACGACAAUUCACGGCAGAGCUAUGGUGGCGUUCUCAGCGCUGAGAGAUACAGGAGGGUUCUUUAAGGCCAGUGGUGGGGUUCAAGUCGUGACCGACGAUAAGGUGGUGAUCAGCACAGCAACCGGAAUAGUGGAUCAACAUGGCGGCUAAAGGAACAACAGUAAAAGAUGCACUGGCCAAAUGGGAGGAGAAGACCGGGGAGAAGUGCGCUGAGGCCACAGUGGUCAAGUUGUACAAUCAGAUCCCCCCCAUCGAGAAGCUGGACAACACUCUCAACAAAAUACCCAAAUGCGAGAGGACCAGUUCUGGCAACUGCUAGCCGACAUUCAGACAAAGCAAACGGCAUCAUCCUCUGGCAGCAGCACACACAUGCAAAAGGCCUCUGAGUGUAGGGCAGCAGUGAGUGCGGGCCUGUGGCAGAGCGGUUACUUUGCUCGCUGGAUGUUCGGAGAGGAGGAGGAAGGAGUUUCCACCAGGGAACUUCUUCUGGCUCUUGGCUGGCAGCUGGCCUCUGGAACCCUGGAGAAACUGUUGACUCAGCGAGUACAACAACUGGACAAAACCAUAAUCACACCCGCUGUUAUGGAACUUGAGGUUUCUCCGCAGCCUGAAGUGCAGAGUACUGACCUGAGAAGGCUCCAUUGGCUGCUUGGCUCCCUGAGACAUCAGGGCCAGAUGCUGCUGUCCAUGCGGGAAGAGCAGGCCGUGUUGCUCCAUGCUGUGUUUUCCGGCAGUCCACUUCCUGCGUUUUCUUCUUCCUCAGGCGAACGCUGCACUGUGCUGAGUGAGAGUUGCGUUGGUGUGCAGGAGCUGUGUGACCUUCUUGAAUUGUACCUCAGGUGGAAGGAAGGGGAGACUGUGUUCUGGAUGUGGAUGGACAGUGUGGUGGGUUGCCAGGUGACGGAGGCUGUGGCUGAGAGACCCACACACACACCCAGCAGGAGAGCAGGGGUGUGCCACACUGGUCGGCUGUGUGGACAGCAGCUGGAGGGCAUACAGUCCAGACUGACUACAGUGCAGAAAGUACUGAAGACAGCCAGAGGGGACACUGAAGACCGAGGAGAGAGACUGGCUGGUUCCGGUGACAUGCCUCACCACCCGCCACCAUCACUCGGCCUCUCUCAGACGUACCGAGCCAGACUGCAGGCGGGGCCUCCAGUGGAGCAGGGUGGGCAAGUGUGGGUGUGUCAGGUGUCUCAGGUGUGGGAGGAGAGGGAGAGAUGUCUGCUGGAGAGGAGGAACACUCUGAGGAGGACCAACAGGCUGCAGCUGCAGGACAUGAUUGCCAUGAUGGAGGAUCUGGUGGUGUUAGCACCUUAAACAUCACCUUUGAUGUCCUGCUAAAUAACUCACACUGUUCACCUUCUUUUUAGCUACAACUUGUUACUGGUCACUUCCCAACAAGCCACUUUUUCAAAUGGUGUUUUGUUUCAUUGUGAUAUUAGGUACAUACUGAAAUAUCAAUUCUCAAAUGUAAAAAUAUUGAUGCUUUAGUUCAGGGGUGUCCAAACAUUUUCCAAAAAGGGCUUCAAACUGAAAGUAAAUGUCUGUGGUGGCCAUAUUGAUAGUUUUUUAUUUGAAAAAAAAAAAAAAAAAAAAAUGCUAAAAACAGAUAUUGUGUCAG